AAAUCAACGAUUUUUUAACUAGUCUUAUUAAAAAUCAAGAUAGUUCUGAUAAUACAGAAAAUCAGCUAGUGUCGGAAAGCGAUUCGGAUUUUGAAGACGAGAUUCAAGUUAACCCUAAGAAAUCUAAACUAACGGAUUAAAAAUUAAUACAAAUAUUUCAUAAUUACAAAAUUUGUAUAGUAUUUAAAUAUUACAUUUUAACAUUAAAAGUUCUAUAUUUUAGUAUUAUUAUGUAUUUGUGUAUUUAUAAAUAAGAAUUUGUGAUGGUUAGAAACAAUAAAUCGAAAAUAAGUGAAGAAAGUAUCGUUAAUAACAAAAAAUAGAACAUGUCUACCAUGCUCUCAAAUGAAGCUCAACUGCGCUAUGUAAUAGAAUGGUUUCAAGAAUGGUCUGAAAUGCAAAGAAAUGAUUUUUUGGAUAUACUUUUGGAACAAUGUGGACCUUCAGGUCUUGUUAAUGGAUUAGUAUCUAAAAUGGAAAGUUUAGGACAUACAAAUGAGUCUGAUAGACCACCAAGUCUAUUUCAAUGUCGUGUAAAAUUAUUUCGAGAAUGGAGUCAUAAUUGGUCUCAACAAGAAAAAGAUUAUUUACUUUUAUCAAUAAAAAAUACUGAUGCUGUAUUUGCAGAAAAAUACGAUGAAAAAUUAUCAACAUUGGUAUGUGAAGAAGAAAAAUCAUAAACAAAUAUCCAAAAAUAUAUAAUAUUCUUUAUUAUUGUGGAAUUAAUUUUUAAAAACUUCUAUAAACUUCUAUUUUUAGGAAUAAGAAAAUGUUCAAUAAAAAAAAUGUGUAAUUAA